CCAAAAGCUGGCGUCUCUGUGCAGCAGCCUCGGCUCCAGCAGCAGCAGGCGCAGCAGCAACCCCCGCAGCGGCGGCAGCCCCGGCGCCAGGAGGCCAAGGCCAAGGCCAGGCUCUGUGCGGCUCUCCGAGUAAUAGCCGCGGCUCCGGCGGCUGCGGGGGCGCAGCUUCCUCCAGCAGGGCCCUUCGCGUCGGCGGCCGCGGCCGCGGGGCCUCUCCUGCGCGCCCAGGGUCACCGUCCCCGAAGCCCGGCGGCGCGGCCCCCUCCCAGCCCCCCAUCCGUCUCCUUCUCGCUCCCCUCAGCCGUCCUCCUCGCCGCCGCCUCUGCCGUUUCUCGGCGGCCCGGCCCGGCCCGCCCGCCCCGCGUCCCCUCCGGCCGGUGCCUCUUCCCCCGGCGGGCUGCCUGCAUGUCUUUGCUGCCCUCAGCCCCGCCGCCACCGCCGCCGCCGCCUCCCCCGCCGCCGCAACACCAGCACCAGCAGCAGCCGCCCCGCCGCCGCCGCCGCCGUCGCCGCCCGGACCCCGGCGCGCUGAAUGCAGACUAAUAGGGAUGCCAAAGGAAAAAUAUGACCCUCCAGAUCCUCGCAGAAUUUAUACCAUCAUGUCAGCAGAGGAGGUAGCCAAUGGGAAAAAAUCUCACUGGGCAGAAUUAGAAAUCUCGGGUAGAGUGCGGAGCUUAAGUACAUCACUUUGGUCAUUGACACACUUGACAGCACUGCACCUAAAUGACAAUUACCUUAGUCGCAUUCCACCUGAUAUUGCCAAGCUUCAUAAUCUGGUUUACCUGGAUCUGUCAUCCAAUAAACUCAGAAGUUUACCAGCAGAACUAGGAAACAUGGUGUCUCUCAGGGAAUUGCUUUUAAAUAACAAUCUGUUACGGGUUUUGCCUUAUGAACUUGGUCGGCUCUUCCAGCUACAAACUCUAGGUUUGAAAGGCAAUCCUUUAUCACAGGAUAUUCUCAAUUUAUACCAGGACCCAGAUGGAACCCGAAAGCUACUGAACUUCAUGCUUGACAAUCUUGCAGUUCAUCCAGAGCAGCUUCCUCCGAGGCCAUGGAUUACAUUAAAAGAACGAGACCAAAUUCUGCCAUCAGCAUCAUUCACGGUUAUGUGUUACAAUGUGUUAUGUGAUAAAUACGCCACCCGGCAGCUAUAUGGCUAUUGCCCAUCCUGGGCAUUAAACUGGGAAUACAGGAAAAAGGGAAUUAUGGAAGAAAUUGUUAACUGUGACGCAGAUAUCAUUAGUCUUCAGGAAGUGGAAACAGAGCAAUACUUCACUCUCUUUCUGCCAGCAUUGAAGGAGCGUGGAUAUGAUGGAUUUUUUUCUCCAAAGUCACGUGCCAAAAUCAUGUCUGAGCAGGAGAGAAAGCAUGUGGAUGGUUGUGCAAUAUUCUUCAAAACAGAAAAAUUUACAUUGGUGCAGAAGCAUACAGUGGAAUUUAACCAAGUGGCAAUGGCUAAUUCAGAUGGAUCCGAAGCUAUGUUGAACAGAGUGAUGACAAAAGACAAUAUUGGUGUCGCUGUGGUAUUAGAGGUCCACAAAGAACUAUUUGGAGCAGGUAUGAAGCCUAUUCAUGCUGCAGACAAACAGCUGCUUAUAGUGGCAAAUGCCCACAUGCAUUGGGACCCAGAGUAUUCUGAUGUGAAACUCAUUCAGACCAUGAUGUUUGUCUCAGAGGUUAAAAACAUUCUGGAGAAAGCCUCAAGUAGGCCUGGCAGCCCAACUGCAGAUCCUAAUUCCAUCCCGCUGGUGCUAUGUGCAGAUCUUAAUUCAUUGCCAGAUUCAGGUGUCGUGGAAUAUUUAAGCAAUGGAGGAGUAGCUGACAACCAUAAAGACUUCAAGGAACUAAGGUACAAUGAGUGUCUUAUGAACUUCAGCUGCAAUGGAAAGAAUGGAAGCUCAGAAGGGAGAAUCACACAUGGCUUCCAACUGAAGAGCGCCUAUGAAAAUAACUUGAUGCCUUACACCAAUUACACCUUUGAUUUCAAAGGCGUGAUUGACUACAUUUUCUAUUCCAAGACUCAUAUGAACGUGCUUGGUGUCCUGGGGCCUUUAGAUCCUCAAUGGCUGGUUGAGAACAACAUCACUGGGUGUCCACACCCUCACAUCCCUUCAGACCACUUCUCACUGUUAACACAACUUGAACUCCACCCUCCACUCCUGCCUCUUGUCAAUGGUGUUCACUUGCCUAAUCGGAGGUAGUGGAGUACUGCCCCGCAAAGACGGGGAUCUGUUACUAUGGACCUGUACAGUUGUAAAUCAAAGUAUGUAGGAGUGAAGUAUGGCCAUCCUUAAGCUGCUUCUUCAGGUUCCUUUCAUUAUGUGUUUGCUAUAAGAUUUUGUACAAUUUUGUGCAUAUUGGUAUCAUUUGGCACUAGGGCUGGAACCAAAGUAUUAUCACUCUCUUUCCAAAUUUUUAAUUUAACAUGUUUUUAAGUUGGACCUUCUUCAUAUUAUAUUAGGAGUCAGCAUUCAUAAUUGAUAAAUCACCAGUUCAAGGCCCAACAACAGGGUAUUUGUUUUUCCAGAACAAAUACUUUCUUUUGAAUGGUUUCAAGUGAGCCAACCAUUUUUCAUUUUUGUGAAAGGCAGUUUUUAAAAACUAUAAAUAAAAGAUUUUAAACUGAAUGAUGGCAUGCCUUGCAGGAAACUGCCUUGAAUUUCUGUUUUCCAUGAUAACAAACUGAUUUUUGGCUCCCCAGUCAUUUGCACAUUAACAAAGCACUUAAAUUUGCUAGAUCUGUACAUAAACUAGCCAUAAUGAGAAAAACUGAGAAAUGAAAGGUGAUUGCACAAUAUGGUUUCAAAAUCAAGCAUUUAACAGCACACAACAAUUUGUUGGGGAAGUGCUGGUUGGUUUUUUUUUAUUUGUUUGUUUUGUUUUUUGAGGAGUCAUUCUGUAUUUUGUUCCCCUAUUAGUUAUAACCUUACUAGAAGUGUUAAUUCUAAGCCUGUCUGUUCAGUUUCUUUAUAGGAAAACAAUGGGUAAUUUCUACUGCCACACAUCUUGAAAAUAGAAUUUGGUCUAUUUAGGAUGCCCACAAAAUUAGUGUCCAGUAUUUUUUAUUGUUUCCAUCCACCCUUUUCUGCCUGGUUGUGCUGGAAAAAACAGAUAUUAUAUGAUCUGUAUCAUUUUUGCUGUUAUGGUCAAAUGUUUAAAAAAUAACUACUGAAUGAAAAGGCCCUGAUCAAAGUUUUAGAAGAAGAAAGCUACAAAUAUUCCAUGUGUUUCCCAGAGUAGGUCAAGUGGCUGUUGGUUUUGGCUUUUUGAGGUGACAGUGGAAAGGAUUUGGGAGAGAGAACAGGGAGUAGUUGAAAACCUUGGAUCAUUUUUCCUGACUCUAGUUGCCAAAUGGCCAUUAUAUGCUUUUAAUCUUUGUUUCCGUUGUCUGUCAGGGUUGAAUUAAGAAGCUACUGGUUUAUUCCCAACUGUUGAUGCUCUUUAGAUAUGUUAGAAUCCUUUUUUCGCCCAGGAGGGGCCAGUUGAAAAUCUGUGACUCAAGAGGCAGUGGUUGAAAUACCAUUUAAUGGGGGAAAAAUUGGUUGGCUACUUGAUGUUAAUUAUGGCACAGUAACAGGAAAAGGUUGUGUCUGUGUUUUUAAGUUUUUCUUUAUUCUGCUUUUUUGCUGCUAUAAGAGUUUUCUGAAAUUUAUAUUUUAAACUUUUCAUGCACUUUACUGUUUCUAGUCUCAAAAUGUGAUAUUUUUAAUAAACAAGAAACUUUCCAUUAUGUGAAUGAAAUUUUAAAAGAAAAUAGCCUAUAUUUGUGUUUCACUAAUAUAUAAAGUACAGGUCAAAUUUAAAUUAUUUAAUUAGUUUUAAAUAUAUACAAUUUGUCUCCUCUUUCAAACCUGACAUCUUAGGCUGUUUUAUUAGUCUUAAAUGAUGCGUUUCCUGUGGUCAUUUUAUACUAAUUUCUUCCAUAGUAAAUUAAUCAGGCUACAUAAUAUGAUAUUUCCCCUGAAGGGUAAUUUUAGUGCGACGAGGGAGGUGGGUUGAUGUAAUGUCAUAUAUGGGAUUGCAUCAGAAGGGUUCUGUAAAGCCUAAACUCCCUUUUAAAAGUGCCUAGUGAUAGAGGCGUUGUUUGUCAUCUAUUAUAAUUGGAAUGUCAUUGUAGUUGAGUGAAGUUUGAUGUAAAUAAAAUAUUCUUUUAAAAAUGUCAAGAUAUCAGAAUAAACAAAAUAAACAAAGAAACAACCCUUAAGAUGACAGAUUUUCCUCAAUGUGCAGGUAUCCCUUCUUAUAUACCUCAAGCAUUCAACAUCUAGCCAUGCAAAUUGAUUACAUAGUACUGGAAAGUAGAAUAGCAUGAAAAACUUAAUUUUGUGGACAUUACCUUUUUUUGUAAUCAGCUACUGUAUGUUUUAUUUUAAAUCUUUUGUUUUGGGUGGGUUUUCUGCUCUGGAGGUAUAUGCACUAACAAAACAUUUUCCUCCUUUCAUCUACGCAUGUUAAUUAGCAAUGUGAGCAAUAUUUCUUACCAUACUUCACUCCCAAUAUUUUUUGAGAUGUUUGUAUAAAAUGGAAUUUAAAGUUCACUUAUGAUUGUAUAUGAACCACAGAGGAGCCCAUUUAUUAAUAAAAAAACUUUUUUAAUAGUUAAAUGUAGAGGGAAAAAUAAAAAAAAUUGGGAAACAUUGUAAACAGCUUAAGUUUAUUUUGUGUAUGAUUGAGGCACUCUGUUGCAGGAAGGUGUGUAAUUGGGUUCUCUCUGCUUCCAAAUGCACUCUUUCAAACCAUUCAUUAUCCUGUGUAUUUUUAAUGUGGUUUUAGUAAAUGUUGGUAGUAGCUCUGUUAAAGUAGGUAAUUGUGUUCUGUUUUGGGUGGCAAACACACUUGGGGCAUGGUAACCCAAAUUUCAUGUGCACGGUUUCCCUUUAGCCCACUGCCCAAAUUUCACACACCCUUCACCCUUUGUUCCCUUUGUAAAAGGAGUGGUAUCUGUUUUGAGCUGCCAAUUCAGAUGAUCAGAAAUGCUGCUCUCCUCAGUGUUGUCUUGUUAAAAACACAUGCCAUUUGGACCUUUGGCAUGAAAAGCCAAAAGGAAGAGGUGAAUGACAUAUGGUGUAUAUUCAGUGAAAGUAAAAUAUUUAUGCUCAUAUACUUUCUGGUUCUCAGAAUAAGUUAAUUAGCUUUAUGCCAUGGGGCUGCUGCAUAUUUUAUCGGAAGAUAAGAGAAAAUUUGGGCAUUUUUAGAUUGUGAUAAUGUUUUUUUUUAACUGUUAAAUAUGAUUUCUGAUAUUUUUCUAAGAACUGGAGUGUUCUUUAAAUUUAUUGAAACCGUGCUGUUUGAGGAGGGGAAAACUGCACUGUUUGGCAUUACAGCAGUCAUACAGUGCAUGUCGUCACUCACUCUCUCAGGCAUCAGUAUCCGCCUCAUAGCUUUACACAUUUUGAUGGGGAGUCUUGCAGCAUCCUCAGGACUGACAUCUGGGAAAGGCUCAAAUCCACGUACUGCUCCUUGCUUGUUGACUUUGUUUUAAAAUAUUGUGCCUGGUGUCAACUUUUAAGCAACAGCACUGCCUAAAAGCAAGCAGAGAACAGAAUCCCAGCACCAUUCUAUAGGCAACUUUUUAGAAUUCAAAUAUAGUAAAUCUGUUCAAGAUUUAUGAUCUUUUAUGGAAAAAAAUUUUUGUACAACGUAGCUGAAUAUUUUUGUUUCAUUUCUUUGAUGUAAGGCGUGUGAACGUUCGUUUGAAUAUCACAUGUUAAAGUCAGGUAUGGCACAAUGGGUUCUGAGACCAGCUUUUCCUCCCUCCCAUUUGCCUUGUUCCAAGCUCUUUCUUUUCAAAUUACUUUUCUGAUAUUCAUAGGCAAAUAUUUAAUUUUACUAAUAAGCAUCCUGUGUGAAUGUAUUACAGAAGCCACUGUGUGUUAGUGUUGUAGUUUGCAGAAAUAUAAAGCUUCAUUUCUUAUUUGUCCCUAUUUGGUGUUUUAAAGUUACCUAUUAAAUCACAGAGAAGCAAGGGAGAAAGUUGAAAGAUCCUGAAGGCUCAUAUCACUUGAUUCUACGGUGGGUUGUAUUAGAAUUGAGGAUGUGACACAUUAAAACUGGAACACGGGCAAUCGUAUGGUGUUCCAUUUUAAAAUUGUAUCUCCUAAGUAUAUACCAUUAAAUGGGUGAAAGAUUAAGUUUGUACUUGCAUUUCCAAGAGUUUCUAAAAAUCACUAGUGCCAUGUAUAAUUUCAAAUCAAAUAGCAAAGAAUAGAGAAAGCACAAGAAAAAAAAAAAAAAGGUUAAAUGUGUUCUUUGAUGGAACCAGAGGCAUAUGGUUCUUCAUUCCCAUUUGUAGAACUCUGUGAAUUAUUGGUACACAAAUUAACUAGGGAAAUUAGAAUAUUUUUCUAAGCUAGGAGCUUUAAAGUUUUGAAUUUGUAGACAGAUGAGAACUUUUAUACUUAUGGUUGCUUUGAGUGAUUGUAAUUUUUUAACAGCAUCAUGAUUACUAAAUUUGAAUUCAAACCUAAGUAAAUUAGUUCAUCUUAACCUGGUUUAUUUACCAAAGUUGUAAUCUGUUUAAGAACAGGAUGCCAAGAACAUCUUGUGUUUUACAACAUGAUACAUCUUCAUUGUGUGUCACCUUAAAGCUUAAAAGAAAAAAGAAGGUUCUUAUACCUAUACUGCAGGGUGUUCUGAACAAGAUCCACUGAAAGAAAAAGGUAGUUCUUUUCAGGAAGGUGGUAAGGGAGAACGUGCAUGUUUCUUGUUUUUAACCAGAUGCCUUGUGUAGGUUUCUCUGUUAAAUCACAAGUUCUAUAAGAAAUAGGGAAAUACCAGGAAAAGCAAGCUUUAUUAGCCUAGUUAGUAAUUUCUUUUGGCAUAAGUUUGUUUGGUUAGACUUGGUUAUUCUUGGAACCAAAGGAAAACAAGCAUGUUGAGGUUUUAUUCAACAAACAUUAUGACAUCGAAGUAAUGGAAUUUUAAGUAAAAUAAUUUUCACUUUCAUGUGAAAUAAGGACAUUUCUGCGUAUUAAAUGUUAAUUUUCUAUGGCAGUGGUAUAAAAUUUAGUAGCAUUGUACUGACACGAGGAAUUGUGUCAUCAGAAAUAAAUCACAUUAUGAAGAGUGUUUGCAAAUGCCAAGUGAUAUGAGUCUUUUGGCACAGUAGCAUUGGGUAUAUUCAGCUUCCAGAAACUUUCAGAAGGCAUAGUUUGGCGCCUACUAGUUGUUGUUUUUGUUACAACAGUCUCCCCAAAUUUAGAUAAUUUCCCUAUUUGUAUGUCUGUCACUUUUAACUCGAAAGCAUAAGCAUCACGGCAGCCCUCUCAGAAGGGGUCCUUUCUUGCUCAUUUCAGUUUUGUGUUAAUUUCUAAUUACUGAUAUAUGACUGUUUCCUUUCAAGUUAUCAAUGGUUAUAUGUACCACAUUUGUUUAAUUAGUUAACUCACACAAUUGGCUCAGCGUUAAUGUGUCAAACAAUGGCUUUGCUUCUCACCGAAGAGGCUUAGUUUCACGCUACUUGUUUAAAUCUUGACGCAGUAAGUGAUGCAGUAGUCUGGGUGUGUAUUUAUUCAGAAACUGUACUGUCCUUUCUCUGUGCUUAAUUUGCUUAAAAUAUAUUUCCUUACCUUUGAAAUUCUUGAGCGGUGCUCUGCCAGGUUUUGGGGGCGUGGCUUGGAUGGCUGUGUUGCUGCACACCGGGUGUGGAAUUGUUCAGUGUUGUGAGUGGCAAAUUUCUUAAACACCAGCAGCACUGAGAAGUGCACUAUGGGCAUUCGUACAGUUGUCCACAUGCAAGCAAUUCUUUCAUCUAGGAGAAGCUGAGGGGUAGGAUUCGUUGGAGUACUUAGUAUAUUUUGAGAGGGAUGAAUGUUUCACCUUUGGGUUUUGUCGUCUGAGUGGAGCGGGGCGGCAUGGAGGGAGGUGGGUUUUGUUUGGGGUUUUUUGGAGAGUGUGUAUGUACCUUUUCUCUCUGAAAGGGCCAGGGUGUUGGUCAAAUUCACCGUGGAUUAAUUUAUAUAUUUUUUUCUAUUGUGAUUUCUUUCAACCAUAAAACAAGUGCCAACUAAUUGUCCGUGAGAUGACUGACUCUUCCACUCAGUUUACCAUUUGAAUAGGGAAGGGCUCAUUUAUUUUAAUUUCUUGGCAUUAAAUUAAUCUCCAUUGUUUUGCGUACAUUUGAGUCAUUCUGUGGCCUCUAAAGUGUUUUUGUAACUAAUUUAAUGGUUGGAAAGCAAAGCACAUGAGUUUAAAACUGAGCAAGAAGUUUUGGUAAGUUUCCUUGCAAACUUGGUAGUUUCUAUUGAUGCUAUUCCAAAACAGAUUCUACUGUUUUGGGUUGUGUAUUUACUUUGCUUUUGUCCUAAGAAAAAGCCAAGCCCUAAAUCAAUUUGUUAUUGUGUUCUAAUAAUCAGUUUAAAAUCUGAGAUUUUCUUUCUUUUUUUUUUUUUUAAUCAGAAGAUUUAAUGAAGUGCCAUGUAAUUGUAGGUUACUAGUGUUUAAUGUUUGAUAGACUGGUUCUGUGGUGUUCUAAUCAUUUAACACUCUGUCGUCCCCGGAGAAAGUGGUUCUACUCUUACGGAACACAUUCUCUCUGACAAAAUCACCAGCUGCUUUAUUUUUCUAUUUAUUACGGUUAAACAGUUGAUGAGGUCUGUAUCUUGACCAAACCGCUCAGCUGAGAUGUUUUUCACAAUAGACACUGUACAAAAUAUGCGUGCAAAAGGACACAGUUGGGUGGUAGUAUUUUUUCAUUAAUGUGAACAUUGACUAAACAAAGCAGUCCUGCCUUUUAAAUCUUGUGGCAGCUCAGGAGGGAGGUGCUUAAGAACCUUAACUACUAUGUCAGAUGACAAAAUACUUUUUUCCAUUUUGGAGAUUGGGUACUGCUCACACAUGAUGUAUAGGGCUAAAUAUAUGCUUGUUUCCUCGCACCUGUGUACUUCCCCUUCUCUCCCUCCCGUUCCUUCCCCUGUAGGCAAUAAAUGGCCAUUUUGCAACUGCA